ACAAUCGGCGGCAUUUCAACCAUUUUGCGAACCCCGCUACAGGAAGUGAGUGUUAUAGGUGCUACGCAGGCGCAAAUUGACCUUUCGGUUGAAGAACCCGUCGGUCACAUAUCACUCCGGACCGUAGUUGACUUAACAUCAAAAUGGGCGACAUCGAGGACACUCACUUCGAGACCGGAGACUCCGGGGCGUCUGCGACGUUCCCGAUGCAGUGCUCGGCUCUGCGCAAGAACGGUUUCGUCAUGCUGAAGGGGCGCCCCUGCAAAAUCGUGGAGAUGUCGACCAGUAAGACCGGGAAACACGGUCACGCCAAGGUCCACUUGGUGGGCAUUGACAUUUUCAACGGGAAGAAGUACGAAGAUAUCUGCCCAUCCACCCACAACAUGGACGUGCCCCACGUGAAGCGCGAGGACUACCAGUUGACCGACAUAUCCGACGACGGCUACCUGACCCUGAUGGCUGACAACGGCGACCUGCGCGAGGACCUCAAGAUCCCCGACGGCGACCUCGGCACCCAACUCCGCUCAGACUUCGACAGCGGCAAAGAGUUGUUGUGCACCGUGCUGAAGUCCUGCGGCGAGGAAUGUGUUAUUGCAGUCAAAGCAAAUACAGCUCUCGACAAAUAAACCAACUCAGCAUUUAUAGGGAUAUAACAAGCGUAUAAUUUUUUUACAAUCAACAACUCUUACAUAAAUGUAAAACAUAAUAUUAUGUAUAAUUUAACGUAAAAUAUUGAGGACGGCGCGGCGCUUGCGAAUACUCUCAACUAUUCGCCCAUUGUGAUGAUAUUACUGUUACCUCCGCCGUCGUGCAGCCCUAAUGCGGUCCUUUGUAUUAAGGAUUCGAUUCUAGAGACUUGGGACGGUUUAUUGUAUGUAUAGAGGAGUCUCUAGUCCAGGUGCUGAAAACGCCGUCGGAUAUUAUAAUAAUUCGAGCCGAUCGCGUUUUCAGUACUGGAACACGUUGGCCGACCGGCAUCGUUGUAUCGAGCGUGUGGAUGUAAACAAAUGAAAUGUGUAUCAAUGAAAUAGUGCGCGAGCGGCGCCGCACAUUUAUUUAUUUACGCGUAAUAGUGUACCGAGAGAGAUAGCCAGUGUACAGGAGCACACGGAACGGGAAGAUGUAGAUAUGACUCUGGACAAGACAAUAAUAUUGGUAAAGCCUAGCUGUGCGUGUGCGCAUGCCGUCUCGCUCUCGCGCUGCUCGCGUGCGCAUGCCGUCUCGCUCCCGCGCCGCGGGCGUGCGCGCGCUGUCCCGCUCCCACGCCGACGCGCGUAUGCCGUCUCGCUCGCGCCGCUCGCCGCACAAUCGCGCGCCGCGCCCCGCUAACUUCACGUUUGUAUUUUUUUGUUACGUUUGUCUUUUCGCUUCACUCGCCGAUAGAUCGUUGAUCGACGUCGGUUAUUAAAAUUCCCCGUGGAAGAUAAUUUAAUGUUUUAUACCCGUGCGAAAAGAUUAACGCAAACUUGGAGUUAUUACCAUAUUUUAAUGCUAAAUUAAUUAAUACAUAUAAAAAAUCAAGAAAAUAAACAAAAAAAUAGAAAUAAACGAAAUUCUUGAAUGUGGUGUGUGAUUGAUUAGUCCUGUUUUGGGGCGUCCCGCGCUCCCGCCUCCCGAGGCGUUAUAUCCCUUCGUGUGUAACACUUGCCAUCUGUUCAAAUAAUUUCUAAGUUCCGCUAACCUAACUUGUGCUAAAUCGUUAAAGACUGAUGGACUGUCGCUUGUGAAACGAAUCUUCAGUGGAGACUGAAAUGCAUUUUGUAUGAAAUAGUUGAUUUUUGUAUGACUAACGUUUGGCUAGACACGGCCUUUCCUUGCUCUCUUGAUUUGAAUAUUUGAACAUAUGAAAAUGUUACACAUAAUCGAGUGGCUUAUGUUUGCCUGAAUCCGUGUUAGUGGCGCGUGCGUCGCACGGCAAGUGUUGCUUCAAGGGCACUAGGGUAACAUUCUGCUUGUAUGUCGGUGGACUUCGUCGUUAACAUCAAAUUGUCAAAGACAAAUUGAUAUACGAUAAUUAUGUAAGAAUGUAAGGUAAGGCCCUAUAGGAGAGAUAUUUUUUUAUGCAUUCAAAAUUCGUACAUCGCAGUUGUAGACUAACUAGGCUGUUUAGACAACAGCUCUCUGUACAUUUUUUUCCUCGAAAUUGCAUAAUCGUUAUUGUUGGUCAAGUUUUAUACUUAGCAGCUUGUAAUCGGGUUUUUAUUUUAUAAAUAAAAUAAACCUAAAGUAUGUGUAAAGACAUCGCGAGGUGUAAAAAUAAAAUACUUUAGUAAAUAUAUAUAAAGUUUUCAUUUGGUCAGAUAGUAGUUCCCUAAGAUCUUGGUGUAAUACUGAAUGUCUUGUAUAAUAUCCGACGCAUAGGUUGCGUAUGUAUUUAAUGUGAACUUAUUUAUUCUUACCAAGUAGUUAUUCGUCGGUGCACCCAUACUUUGUCAUUAGGAAUUGAUACACUGCACGACAGUCGCCGCUUAUGUCCUAAACCUGUAAGACGAGCUAUAGCGUUGGAACUCCGCGUCAUAUCUAUUGGCACUGCAUUUACUUAUACCGACCCAACACAACUGUAGACUUAUGGCCAAAUUUAUAGCUCGUACCCUAAUGUUCACCAUUUCUAUAAUAUUGACAAUGUAUAUCUUAGGAGCAGUUAGACCUUAUGAUCGAGAGAUGGGACUUAUUUAUUUACAUUAUUCUGUAGAUGUGCGGAUUUUAUUAGGAAUCUUAAAUUAUUUUUUAUAUUGGGGCGAAGGUCAGGUUUAAUAACGGAAUGUUGAAGCUCUGUAUAUACGUAAGAACAUACCAGUUGACAAAAUAUAAAUCCAUACUUGCAGUUUUCUACGUAUAUUUAUGUCAAAUGUGCAAAAUUUCUACCGAAUUUAAUAAUAGCAACGGCCAAUAAAUGAAUGUAAAUGCAGUAAUAAGUUUUCAGUCUGUCGAAUUAAAUCUGUACAAAACGAA